AUGACCACCCCGUCCCCAACCCAUCACACCCUCAUCACCCCCUGCCGUCUCGCGCCCGUUCCUGUCCCCGAACCCGGCCAAGGCCUCGAAGGCAUCCCGCCAAUCCAAGCCCAAUUUUUCUACGCCUCGCUCAUCCCAAUCGAUGACCCCCUCUCGGCCGCCACCAUCGUCAGCGCGUCAGACUCCAAGGUCGCCAAAUCCCUUCUCCGGCCCUUCUCCCCGGGCGACAACGCCGCCCUCGAGCGCGCCUGGCUCGGCCUCGCCUCGGAUCGCGACAAGCGCAACCACGAACACGCCCGGCGCAACCGAAACCCGAGCCCGGCCCUGUCGAAAGAGAAUGCCGAGAAGUUGGCAGCGAUCGUGAAUUCGCUGGCGGCGAAACACAGGGGGAAACAUGAUCGGGAGGGCCUGGCGCCGGGGGCGGUGGCUGGAGGUGCGGCUGGGGUGGGAGAGGGUCUAGUCACGCCGGAGCAUGGCGGCGUGCCGGUUUGUUGCGCCGAGUUGGCGAUUGAUGCGUCGGCUGAGCUACGGAGGGAAUUUUGUGCGGUUACGAGGCGGAGACAGCAGAUGCUGGAUCAUGAUCGCGUGUUGGAAGGGGUUAUGGCGCAGUUGACACGGUUGAGGGUGGAGGCCGAGGGCGCGAUGCCGCCUGCGUCCGAAGCGGCGUUGGCGUUAGGGCCCAGUCCGGUCGUACAGAUUGCCACGAGUGUCGGGUCGAGGUCGUCUACGGCAUCUGCUGAUGGGGUAGUUCUUCCGUCGAGUUUGCCUGUUGGCGGAUUUAUUCCCGCACGACCGCCGGUUCUAGAUGACGGCAUCUCGGGGAAGCCAUUUGUGCGUGUUGAGCCGACUACGAGGUCGGAUAGGUCGUCAGGAGUGGCUACCCCCGAUGACAGGCUGGCGAGGAUGACACCGAGGGGUAGGGCCAGAGAUGACAGUCUCGCGUCAGCGCGUGAGCGACCAACUGCGGAAAAGCAGGAGGACUCGGUUGAGGUGCCUGUAGGCAUCUCACGGUUACAUAUGGUCUCGCUGCCCGUCCUCCAGAUGAAGCCUAUCUACUGGUCUCCGGUGAACGACAUUGCCACCGUCUUAAGGGCGACGUGGUUUUACAGGGAUACCAUGGUGCCCGUCGAACCUAUUGUCGCGAACCAACUAGAAGCAGGGUAUCGUGAGCUCCGGCCGUGGACCGAAACGUGGGGCGAUGAGCUCAGGUCUGCUCUUGACGUCGGCCCGCUCGGCGAGGAGAAGGUGGCACAUCGCCUCUGGCCCGAAGUCACCGAUAAGCGACACAAACCCAAGGAGGACGAUAAACAACCAGAGCCGCCAAUAUCAUCGGACCCGUUUUGCGCUGCGAGAUGUUUCCGAGGAGAGGCAGCCGCAGAAGGCUCACUCGAGCCGGUCCAUUCCGAACAGGACACGGCACUCGCCCCUCUUGAAUCCCGGAUGUAUGCCAACUACCAUGUCAUUUAUAAGGAUGGUUCAACCGCGUUUCUGCUCAAGCCUAGCCAAAGGCCAUCGGUCUACUACGGCCGGCGGCCCGUCUCCAAGAUCAUGAGGGGGAUAACCGUGGGAUUGCCUGUGGUGCGUGGGUUUGACCGGACUGCCUUUGAACGCGUGCACGGUAAGCGGGCAGCUUCGAGCAGCAAGACCAUGGCAACUGCGACUUCAGUGGCAGAAGCGCCCCAGGCUACCGAGCGAGGCGACUGCCCAGGAUGCCAGUCCGACAAGGAACGUGGUCAGGUCACAGAUCUCGUCCUUGUCGCCCACGGCAUUGGCCAGAAGCUGUCCGAACGUGUUGAGAGCUAUCACUUUACCCAUGCCGUCAAUGCCUUCCGGAGAGCUGUCAACAUCGAGCUCAAUAGCCCUAUUGUCAAGAGUGUACUUCGGCCUGAGCAAAACGGUAUCAUGGUGCUACCAGUCAACUGGCGCCACAUUGUGAACUUCGAGGACGGCCCUACGAGUGAAGACAAGAAAGCCCAUUCCCCGGAGGCCUUCACCCUGAAAGACAUCGAGCCACCUACCAUUCCCGCCGUCAGGGGCAUGAUCUCGGAUGUCAUGUUCGACAUCCCGUUUUACAUGUCGCAUCUCAAACCCAAGAUGAUCGCCGCGCUCGUCAGCGAAGCCAACCGCGUCUACCGCCUAUGGUGCAGAAACAACCCAGGCUUCUCCGACAAAGGACGCGUGCACCUCAUCGCACAUUCCCUCGGCAGCGCCAUGGCGAUUGAAGUCCUGUCCAGACAACCCACCCGCGUCCCACGCCCGCUCGACCUCUCCACCCCGAUCCCCGAGACGCGCUUCUUCGAGUUCGACACGACCAACCUGUUCCUCCUUGGCAGCCCGGCAGGCUUCUUCCUCCUCCUCGAGCGCGGCAGCCUAGUCCCGCGGCGCGGCCGCCUCAAACCCGGCGCCGACGCCGCCGACACGGUCGCUAAGGACGUGGUCGGCGACCUGGGCCGGUUCGGCUGCAUCGCCGUCGAUAACAUCUACAACAUUCUCGCCAAGGAAGACCCCAUCGCCUACCUGCUCAAUGGCACCAUCGACCCCGUCUACGCCGCCAGUCUCAAGGUGGCCUACGUGCCGAGCAUUCACACGUCCUUCUUCAAAUCCGUCGGCGACGCCGUCCGCGGGUGGACGGGCUCCUCCUCCGCAGCAACCUCCUCCUUGACGGGCGGUGAUGGCGUGGAGUCGUCAUCGUCAAAGAGACCGCCCACCGCCGCCCGCCUGCCGUCGCAGCUCGAGCUCGAGGUGCAUGACUUUACGAGGGAGGAGAUCGCCGAGAAGAAGGCCUUCUUGUUGAAUGAUAACGGCCAGAUUGAUUAUUACCUCAGGUCCGGGGGCGGGCCGCUCGAGAUCCAGUACCUGAACAUGCUGAGCGCGCAUACCAGCUACUGGGCCAACCAGGAUUUGAUCAGGCUGCUGUGUUUGGAGAUUGGGCGGGUGCCUGGGAGGGGGCACACUUUGCCAGCCAUGAGGGCGGUCAAGAAGGCCAAGGGGGGUUUUGUGGGGGAGCAUUGA